AACGAGGGAAUUUUCUUCGUGGGACACUUCUUCCCAAAACUAAUCACACCUUCUGAAACAUUCUGAUCCACAGAUCACAAGAAGAAGAAGAUGAAGCUGAAAGUGUAUGCGGAUCGUAUGUCACAGCCAUCUCGUGCUGUAAUCAUAUUCUGCAAGGUUAAUGGAAUCCAAUUCGAUGAGGUUUUGAUUAACUUGGCGAAGCGUCAGCAAUUAUCCCCUGAUUUCAUAGAGAUUAACCCAUUGGGGAAGGUUCCAGCUAUUGUUGACGGCAGAUUCAAGCUUUUCGAGAGUCACGCCAUCUUGAUUUAUCUUGCCUCAGCAUUCCCAAGUGUAGCGGAUCAUUGGUACCCAAAUGAUCUUUCGAAGAGAGCCAAGAUUCACUCUGUCUUGGACUGGCAUCACACCAAUUUACGCCCUGGUGCAGCUGGAUAUGUAAUGAAUAGUGUUCUAGCUCCAUUUCUUGGCCGUUCUCUGGAUUCGAAAGCAGCUGCUGAAGCUGAGAAGCUACUAACCAAGUCUCUGUCCACUCUGGAGACUUUCUGGCUUAAGGGCAAUGGUAAAUUCUUGCUGGGAAGCAACCAACCAUCCAUAGCUGAUCUCAACCUUGUAUGCGAGCUUAUGCAGCUCCAGAUUUUGGAUGAGAAAGAUCGUCUUAGGUUGUUUAGUCCUUACAAGAAAGUUGAAGAAUGGAUUGAGAAUACGAGGAAGGCGACACUGCCUCACUUUGAUGUGGUUCACAAAAUCCUUUACGGAGCCAAAGACAAAUUUGACAAGCAGCUGAAGAUGUCUAAACCGGGUUUUCAAUCUAAGAUGUAAGAAGAAGAAGAAAAAAGCUUGUAUUGGGGACGGUUUGUGCAAAACCUGUCUAAGGGAUUACUGUAAUAACUCGGUUCAACAUUCACAUUGUUGUAACCGAAACCAAAGUAUGUAAUCAUACUCACUUUAUCAGGGCUUUUAAUUAAUGAGACAUCAAUCAAUACCCA